AUGCUGCCUUCAAACUGCCCCCCAACGCAGCCGCGGGAGGUGGGGUCUCUUCUGCCGAAGCACCUGUGGGUGUCACCUGAUGGGGGAAGAGGAAGUGGAAUUGAAAGCAAGCAGUCGUUUCUGUCAGAGGGUAUCAAGACUCCUGUCCAUCACACGACUGACCUUCAGGGGGCUUUUGUGCACAUGCGCAUGGACGUGUCUGUCUCCGGCGCUGCAGUCCUGAGGUCCCUGUGCCUGGAGCCUCCACCUCAACUCCAGCGCCUCUCUCCCUCUCGCUCUCUCUCUCUCAUGGUCGGAGUAAAAGUCAGCUGA